AUGUGUUGCAACUACUACAGAAACUCAUGUGGUAGCUGUGGCUAUGGCUCUGGCUACGGCUGUGGCUAUGGCUCUGGCUACGGCUGUGGCUAUGGCUCUGGCUACGGCUGUGGCUAUGGCUCUGGCUACGGCUGUGGUUAUGGCUCUGGCUAUGGCUGUGGAUAUGGCUCCAACUAUGGUUGUGGAUACGGCUCUGGCUACGGCUCUAGCUCUAGUUGCUGUGGCUACCGGCCAUUUUGCUAUAGAAGAUGUUAUUCUUGCUGCUAG